AACAUGAAGCAAUACCAAAGUUUAGUUCUGCUCCUUCUUUUGAUAGCAAACUGCUAUGCUCUGCCUGUAGACUUGGCAAUUGAGGAAGAAAAUCCUGAAUUAACUGCAGGUUUUAUAGAAGGUGACAUGGAUAUAGACUUAAGUAGAAAUGGAGGCACGGAUGAAAAUAAAAGAUGGCCCGAUGGCAUAGUAUACUAUGAAAUAAGUGAUGAAUAUGAUGAGGAUCAUGCCCGUUACAUACGUGAAGCUAUGGAUGCUAUUGAAAACGAUAGCUGUAUACAAUUCCUUGAGGCGCCUGAAAAUGCAACCGCUUUUGUAGAAAUUUCCCCUAAAAAAGAUGGUUGUUUUGCUAAAAUUGGUUAUCGUGGUACUAAACAGGAAUUGAAUCUACAAAACUAUGCUCUAAACAGAGGUUGCUUCGUCAAAGGUACAAUUAUGCAUGAACUAUUACACGUUUUGGGUUUCUAUCAUCAACAUAAUGUCCCGGAACGUGAUGAAUAUAUUACCAUUAUAGAGGGUAAUGUUAAGGACGGACAAAUGAAGAACUUUAACAAAUAUAAUGAAUGGGACGUAACAAGUUUUGGAGUUGAAUAUGAUUAUGCUAGUAUUAUGCAUUAUCAUGCUACAGCAUAUUCGAAAAAUGGCUUUACGACUAUAGCUACAGUGGGUGAUGAGUAUAGAGAAAUCGGUCAACGUCGUGGUUUGAGUGAGGGAGAUAUUACGAAACUGAAGGCAAUGUAUGGUUGCAGUGAUUAG